CCAUAAAUACAGCGUCCACUGGACUGUAACAUGGAAAACAGGAUGGAGCCAGAGGAGAAGUUGGCUGAAAAUGGCGAGGGAGAGAAACAUGAGCUGGAAAACAACAAUUUCAAGAAGAAGAAAAGGAGGAGGAGGGAGGUUGGAGGGAUCAAAACAAUGCCGUUUAUCCUCGCCAAUGAAAUAUGCGACAGAUUUGCGUCCACCGGUUCACAUGCAAACAUGAUAUCAUAUCUGACAAACCAGCUGAACAUGCCCCUGGUUAAGGCUUCCAACACCCUCACAAACUUUGGCGGCACUGCCAGUUUCACGCCGUUAAUCGGUGCUCUCAUAGCGGACUCCUUCGCCGGACGAUUUUGGACCAUCAUCGUUGGUUCCAUCAUUUAUGAACUGGGAUUGGUGAGCAUCACCAUAUCAGCAACACUACCACAACUCCGCCCCCCACCGUGUCCAACUCAAGAAAAUUGCAAGGAAGCCUCAUCCAACCAGCUAUGGAUCCUCUACCUCUCUCUCCUCCUCUCAUCCCUGGGCUCGGGCGGAAUCAGGCCGUGCGUGGUCACGUUCGCAGCCGACCAAUUCGACAUGUCCAAAUCGAAGGUGGAGACUCGAAAGUGGAACUUCUUCAACUGGUACUAUUUCUGCAUGGGAAUGGCAUCGCUUACCGCUCUGACGGUUGUCGUAUACAUCCAGGACAACGUCGGGUGGGGACUCGGUCUCGGAAUCCCAACCAUUGCCAUGGCGAUUUCUGUAGUAGCAUUUGUUUCGGGCUCUCCUCUUUAUAGGAGAGUGAAACCAAUGGGGAGUCCUUUAGUUAGAUUGGCUCAGGUGAUUGUCGCUGCUGUGAAGAAGAGGAAAGAAGUUGCACCUGAAGAUCCAGCAAUGUUGUAUGAAAAUAGAGAGCUUGAUGCUGGUAUUUCUUCCAAUGGAAGGCUUCUACAUUCAGGCCAAUACAAGUGGUUUGAUCGAGCUGCUAUCGUGACUGAAAAGGAUGAAAAAGAUAAAAACUCGCCAAACCUCUGGAGACUAGCCACGGUCCACCGUGUCGAGGAACUAAAGUGCAUCAUCCGGAUGCUGCCCAUCUGGGCAGCCGGAAUACUCCUUGUAACAUCGCAUUCCCAUCAGCACAGCUUCGUCAUAGUACAAGCUCGCUCAAUGGACCGUCACCUCUCCCCGUCCUUCCAAAUCCCCCCGGCUUCCCUCUCAAUCUUCAGCAUCCUUACUGUCCUAAUUGGACUCGUCCUUUACGAUCGCCUAUUUGUUCCCUUUGCUCGUCGGUUCACCAAAAAUCCCGCAGGCAUAACGUGCUUGCAGAGGAUGGGGGUAGGCUUCGCAGUCAACAUUCUUGCCACCAUAGUCUCAGCCCUUGUCGAAAUCAAGAGGAAGCAAGUGGCUGCACAUCACGGCCUACUCGACAAGCCUACUGCCGUCAUACCCAUAAGCGUUUUUUGGCUGCUCCCUCAGUUCUGCCUCCACGGAGCAGCAGAGGUUUUCAUGUCCGUGGGCCACUUGGAGUUUCUGUACGAUCAGUCGCCCGAGAGCAUGAGGAGCACGGCUGCUGCGCUCUAUUGGACAGCGAUAUCGAUCGGGAACUAUAUCGGUACCCUGAUGGUGUCAUUGAUUCACGAGUAUACUGGAAAAGGAAAAAAAGGGAAUUGGUUGCCUGAUAGGAAUCUCAACAGGGGAAGAUUGGAGAACUACUAUUGGCUUGUGAGUGGUAUACAAGUGUUGAACCUUGUCUAUUAUGUAAUCUGUGCUUGGUUUUAUAGGUAUAAGCCACUGGAAGAGGUCAGUGAAAGCAAUGGAGAAGGGGAUGUUGAAUUAGCCAAGGAAAGUACAAAAGAAAAUGCAUUGAAGGAUGCCAAUGGAAAUGGAGAGGUAGUUGUAGUGACUAAAGGUGAGACAAAUUAGGGCGGUUGAUUAGAAUGUGUGGUGAUGAAGCAUGUAGAGAUUGGUUACACCUGCGUUAUAUAGAAUAAACCAGGUGUAUGAGAAGGAAAAAAAUUUACUAGUAAGAUUCAUCGUC